UGUAUAUGUACAAGAUCAUGGUGAUGUGAUGUAUAAAUUAGUCGAUUUGAAUAAUUGUUCCGUCUAUUGCGAUGUUGAUACAAAACUUAUAGGAUCACUGUCACAAUCAAAAUUUAUUGUUGCUAUGCAGGCAGACAUGUUGAAUUACACUAAAGAGAAAGAUCGCCAUGACUACAUUCUACAGCCAAUCAGUGCCAAAGCUCAGGUUAAACGCUUUACUUCAGCCCUACCUCUACGUUCCUCUUCCACGCCCCGUAUAUCUGUUAAUUUCACGAUGGAGGCCAUCGAUUUCAAACUGGGUCAAGAUCAGUUUAAAUAUUUUGGUUUGUGGAACCGAGAAUUCGAUAGACAUAAUCGCAGGCGGAAAUAUCGGAAAAACAGACCAAAUAAUAAAGUUAAACAAAGUCCACGUAAAUGGUGGAAGUUUGCCAUCCAUUGUCAUCUGAGUCGGAUCCAUGAAGAACGUCGACAUAAUACAUGGGAUUUUAUUUUAGAAAGAUCACGGAUUCUAGUAGAUUAUUAUGAUAGCUACUUGUCUCACCUGACAGAAGGAAUAACCAAUCAGCAUAAUGAGAAUCGCAAGUUGGAAAUAGAGAAAGAAUUAGAUUUUGAAGAAUUAAAGAUAAUACGAGAGUUGGUUUUAUCCAGGUUACAAACAGAGAAUAAAUUAUCAACAUUUCAGUCAACAUCUUCCCAUUCAUUACCAAAAUCUGAUUCUUCCAACGAGGCCAUAAAACAUGAGAAGCUUCCUGCAAAUCAACCGGGAUUAUUCCAGAGAUGGUUCCCUGGGUGGGGAGGAUGGUCACAGACAUCCAUAGCAACAGAAAACAUCAGUCCUAGCCAAUCAGAAGUUAGCCUCAAAUCAAUUGACCAAUCAGAAUCAGAGCUUUUUAAAGUACAAUCUGCUGUUUCCACGGAGAUAGAAAGAGAAAUAAUGGAUGUUAUUCAGGAUUCAACAGAAAAUAGUUCAUUCCUGCGUAAGGAUACAGUAUUUGCCAAGAUGAAGUUCACGUUAAGUAAAGGAUCAUUUCAGUUAUUGGAAAGUGCCAAGUCAGAAUCAGAGAGAAGUUCACGUGUUUCUCUUGCUGAUCUACAGUGUUCAACGAUAACUAUGGAGUUUGAAUCACGACCAAGAACUAGCGCCAUGAAGUUUUCACUGGCAGUACAAGGUCUGCAACUGAAAGAUACAUCAAACAAUUUCCCUGCCUUUGCCUACUUGAUCUGGCCACAAUCUCAGGAAAAACCAGAAACAUCAAAUGAUAAAUUCAGAACAUUUCGUAAACAGACACAAGAAGAAUUACAGAAAACAUUGAAACAGUUUCUAGAAUCAAAUCAAGGGAGAAGUAAAGCCCGCUGGGAUAUCAACCUGGACAUAUCAGCACCCAAAUUUAUUAUUCCUGAAAACUUAGCAGAUCCAAACUGUCUGCGUGUCGUAUUAGAUUUGGGCAACUUUAAACUACAGACCUUCACGUCACAGUCUACGAAGCAUGCAUCGUCUAGUGCACAUAAAUUGGAUGAGGAUGUGAAUGAAGAUGAUUUUCAUACACCGUUAUCAACACCACCGAAUGAACCUAAUGAUUUGAUUGAUGUUAAUAAUAUACCAAGUCCUUCAGAUUUAUCAUCACAAACUCUACAGGAUCAUCUCUAUGAAAGAUACAUCAUAGAUUUGACUGACCUUCAGGUGUUACAAGGUCGUAGUCAUGACAACUGGAAACAAGCCUAUUCAAAAGGAACAAGUAAAAUGCAUGUUAUUGAUAAAUUCACCAUUUCCCUACAACUAGAGAGGCGUUUGGUAGCAAUGUUUGAUCCACGUUUUCCUAAUAUGAAAAUCUCCGGUAAUCUUCCGUUUCUGACAUUUCAUCUGAACGAAGAAAAGAUUUCUGCUCUACGCCAUUGUUGGGAGACUGUAACGUCUGCUAGUAGUGAUGCGUCAUCGAUCCCUCAAGUAUCGUCCAGUACAUCAUUAGAUUCAUUAACAGACAGACCACCAGAUUCAUCUCGUGAAGACAGAAACAGUAAAAAUGAAGAUGGUGGAGUAGAUGGACAAUUGAUUGUCUUCCAGUUUUUCAUCAAUAAAUUAUCUCUUGAAGUUCAGAGUCGAGGUCGAGCGUUAGUCGAGUUGCAGGUAACGGGUGUUGAAGCGAAUAUUUCACAGAAGAAACUCAACUCUUCCCUUUCUCUAACAGUACAUAGUUUACUUAUAGUCGACGCUUUACAGACGUACGGACAUGAUUUUGAACUUCUAGUAGCUUCACAUAAAAACCUUGUGUUGGAUAGUACGAGUGGAAGUAUACGAGGAUCAAACACUGCUUCACCCUCCUCUCCUAGAUCACCAAACUCUCCUGUUGAUGAAAAGAUGUCAUGUCUUCCGUCGGGAAGUUUACACGCUAUGCAAGACAUAUUUGCUCAGGCCUUUAAUAAAGUAACAGCAGCAGGACCGUUAGGUUGUGCAGUUGGCAAGGACCUGUCUGAUCAUAGUAUAGCUACCAUGGAUACAGGAAGUGGUGAGAACAUAGCGGAGGCGCUGAUAUCCCUGGAGUUUGAGAUAAUAAAAUCAGAGAAAGCGGACUCGACUGUCCAGACUGACAUGCAGAUAUUAAACUUACAGUGUAAUAGUCUAGAUCUAAUAGCCAAUCAGGAAACGUUGGUGGAAUUGAUCAGUUUCUUCAACAGAACCACAGCAGCCAAGGGCAGACAACCCACAGCCAAGGGCAGAAAACCCACAACUAAUCCACAUAUUGUACAGAAGAAAGAGAGUAAAAUAGUUGACAAUAAAACAGAGGAUAAUUUUCACAUCAACGCAGAUUUCUCACGACUCAAUAUUUUACUGCCCCGUUUCACGGAACACAAUGGAAAGAAAAUUGGUCGAAAGAUUUCUACAGCUACUAUGUCGUGUGCUAAAAUUGAAGCCAUAUUUGGUGAUGAUUGGCAGGUGAAAGGGUCGUUAGGAGGAUUACAUCUUUCUGAUGUUACACCUGAGGCUUCCACGUAUCGUCAGGUUUUCAGUAUCGGCGAUCAGGACCUGAAUCACAUCGGAACCGACAUGUUUGAAACAGCACGAGACGAACAUAUCUUCUCCUCACAGCAUCCAUCUUCUAGAAAAAAUGCCUGCUUGUUCAAUAUCACGAAAACAAUCAAAAAACAUAAAUCGCUACAUGAUGGAUUUAAAACGAACGAAGUGAUUUACGCCCAUAUUGAAAUGGCUUCUGUAUGUUAUACUCACUGUCCAAAAUUUCUCGAGGAAUUGACGGAAUGUUUGUCGGCUUUCCACGACUACAUGUCUAUGGUGGCGCGAUCUAUUAAAACUGCUGCGACAGAGGUAGCGUAUGGCUUAGUUGGAGGUUGGGGGGAUAACCCUGAUAAUGUGGGAUUCAGUUUCAGUAAACGUGAAUUUUCGUUAUCGGACAUGGCGGGAAUCCUGUUAGAAGAUGAGGAUAGUUAUCAAAAUGAGGAACAAAGUUCGUCUGUGAUAAAAAUAAUGGCGCGGAUGGAGACGCCUAUUCUAGUCAUUCCACGGAGACCAAAUAGCGCCCAUGUUCUAUUGGCGCAUCUAGGUCAGAUGACGAUAACGAACUCACCUAAACCAAUGGAAUUCAUGACGAGUUGUGAAGAUCUCACCGAGCAGACGGAUAAAAUUCACAUUUCUUUGAUCAACAUGAAUUUAUUUUCAGCCGAUUUAGAAAAAUUAGGUAUUUUACAGCCGACAGGAUCACAAUCUGUGGUCGGAAAGAAGUCAUUUUAUUAUUUGUUAUCACAGGAAAGAGGAAAUAAAAUUAUUUAUAACACGGCUGUGGAUCUCGUGAUAACGAAAGACAACAUGGAAUUUAAUUACAUUAAUCCUAAUACAACGACCGACGAUUACAGUGAUUUACACAGAUGGGAUACAUCCGCCCAUGACAGUUUGGAAGUUUCAAAUCCUAACAGCAUUGUGGAAGUUACUGCACGUAUCAAGACGCCCAUGAAAGUAGUUCUUUCUAAGGAAGUUUACGAACAGUUUUUAGAAACAUUAGAUAAUCUUACAUACACAGAAGAUGUAGUUUCCUCUAGUUCAAACUAUGAGAUGAAACCAAGUGGCGAGUCUGUUGAAGAACGUGAACCAAUGGGAGCACCUUCAAGUGUGGACAUACUCUCCCAGCAAUCAUCAGAGACUGACCAAUCAGAAUCAUUCAUGGCCAAACAUUUCAGAUUUGAAGUGCCAUUAUUUGAGGCCGAAUUACGAGGAGAUUUCGGGGAAGGAGAGCAGGGAUUGGUCAAUUUAAAACUACACGAUUUCUCACUUAACUUUCAAAAAGAUAAUAAUUACUUAACAAAUGUACAGUUCCGUUUACGGUCUUUAACCAUGGCCGAUUUACUGGAAAAAGAAAAUUCGUUGCAUCGACAUAUUAUGGUUUCACAGAGCUCAACGACUGUGCGCGAAGCUCAGCGUACCUAUCUCUCAACUUCUUGCCCUGACAGCACCAUCGUACUCCCUAUUCCCACAAUGCCCUCUUCCUUGCCGUCAAGUUUUCAAGAAGAGUCUGGUUUCAGCAAUUUUCAACCCGGUAAAACCACAUCAAAAUCACGGCUAUCAAAAACUGGCUCUUCACAUACCAAAAACGCAGUGAUGUACCCUUGUACACCCCCGCCAUCACCGCUACGAUCACAGUCACCAACACAUACUACAGAAGAAGCAGACGACUUGGUUCAUAUCGACGUUAAAUUAAUAGAUAGAAAAUCUCAGGAAUAUAUUGAUAAGUACAAUAAGACCAAUCGUUUUAUUGAUAUAAAUUUCCGAUGUUUAGAGACCACAAUCAACCUUCAAACGUGGGUCAUGUUGAUGGAUUUUCUGGGAAUGGGAGCUAAGAUAUCUGAUAUGUCAGCUUCUGAUGUCUGUAACGAUUCCAUCCAGAAAAAAACAGUUGAAAUGGAGGAGCCUGUUAAUUCUGAUAUCAACUUUAGUGUAGAGAGUUUUACCCUCGUCUUAAAUAAAGAGACUUACGAAUUAGCUAAAGCGAAUAUAGCACAUCUUGAAACACAUAUUGACCAGAGAGACGGAAACUUAGAUGUCAAAGGUCAACUUGGGAACAUCUCGUUAUUGGACAAUUCACCGAGUGGAGAGCUGUAUCAUGAGAGAUUUCUAAGUGUUGGAAGACAGGCUCUCGAAUUUGAUUUUUUUAAACAUGGAACACUAGAUUAUAAUCUCGAGAGAGAAUAUGAUAUUUAUCUUAAAUUAAAGAUGGCUUCCGUUCGUUAUGUUCAUACCAACCGUUUCCAGACGGAGGUUCUCGCCUUCUGUCAGCAUUUUCUACAAUUACAGGAAGUACUAGGAAGAAUGAGAGCUGCCUCGGCUGGAAGACAUGUACCAGAUCAAGCCAUGAGAGGAGCAAGAAUAAAACUCGACAUCGACGCAGGUUCUCCUAUUCUACUGAUUCCUCAGAGUUCUAAAUCGGAUGAUUUACUCGUAGCCGAUCUCGGAAAAUUAAGAAUCACAAAUUGUUUUAAAGUCGAUGGAACCGAAGGUACAAUAACGUUUAUAGAUCCACAGAAUCAGUCUGACAGCACACCAACCUCGGAUACUUACAAGAUGUCUGCUUCUACUCCUAAGAAAGAUGGAACCCAAUCUAUGACGGAGAGUAUGUAUUCGGAAUAUUUACCGAAACCAUCGGUUGAUCCAAUGAAUCAGAGUAUUAUUGGUAGUUUAGAUAGAGAUGUUCGAGAUGAGGACAUGUUUAAUAAUCAGGACUUUUUUACAACUGCUGAUAUUCCAUCACCAGAUGUGAUGAGUUCGAGCGUCGAUCCUCCAACGCUGAGUUCAUCAAGCUCCAUGCAGCAGACUGUGAGAGUUGCUGGCGCUCAGAAUCUUUCUAGUGGAUUACCGAUUGUCUACGACUCUACUCCUGAGUUUCAAUGUUUACUGGAUGUGUGGCGGUUUAAGUGA